AUGUCAGAUGGGAGGUCAAAGGGGGUACCAAGGUUGAACUCGCCCACGAAGAAUGCGUGCCAUCAUCCAGCGGGUUUCUUCGGCCUCUGUUACAGUCAACUCGGAGGUGAUCUCGAGUAUCGGCGAAGGAUUAAUGGUUCUCGUGGGUCUAGGAACUGGUUCGGUGGCUUUAUUUGGCCUCUUCCACCCGUCUCGUUGAUCGAUAUUGGCAGUGUAGAUGAUACGCAGGACGAUAUAGAGACGAUCGCGAACAAGAUACUCAAUCUCAAAGCGUUCCCGGAUCCGAAAAGUGGUGGCGCAUGGAAAGCCAGCGUCAAAGAUCGAGGAGGGGAGAUUCUCUCCGUGUCGCAAUUUACUUUAUUUGCCAAGAUUGUGAAGAACAAACCAGACUUUCAUAAAGCCAUGGCUGCCGAAUCGUCAAAGUCAAUGUACGCUACGUUCCUGGAGCGUAUGGGCGCACUUUACGAUCCGUCAAAGAUCAAAGACGGCCAAUUCGGUGCAAUGAUGAGCGUUGGUAUCGUCAACGAAGGUCCAGUCACAUUUACGCUAGACUCGAGGGAAACUGUGUCCACUCCUGGGACAUCGACACCGACAGCCAGUGCAACUUCAAGUGGCAGUCAAGGCAAGACCCUUGCGCAACGAAAUGCGGAGAAGGCACUGCGCAGAUCUGCAUGGGAGGCGGGAAAGAAGUCUGGAGAACCGUCUUUACCUGGGGCUCAAGACGAGAUACAACGAGGGUCCCCGGAGGAUAAGGAAUAG